UGGCGGGGGGUGGGGGGGAAAGUUUGCAUUGCAAUCCCCCUGCCUUCCUCUCUUUUCUCCAGAUCAAUGCAUAUUUGCAAAAGGAUUAAGCCACAGAUUUAAGCUCUGAGAGCCCAUUUCUGCUUUGCAAAGGAGCCGGGACUAAAAACAACCCAAAAUCCAGCUCUGAUUUCUUUUCACCAAGUGGGAAGGUGGUUUAUUUUUCUUGCUUUUUGGAGUCAACACCCUUCCUCAUCAGCCCUCAUCCCCACCCUCACCCUGCAACCCUUUCACGCCCCCCCUUCCUCUCCCCACUCCCCAUCCUCCCACCAUCCUCUAAAAGAGGCAAAGGGAUUUUUUUUUGGUCCCCCCCCCCCCUUUAUUCUGAAAAGGAUUUGGAGACAGCUUGAACGAUAAAAAGCCUUGGUAGUUCCAAGGAGCCGAGCAGAGGAGAAGAGGAGGAAACAGGGGCUGCUGUUGCCUUUGGAGAUGGAUGAUCAGCCCAGGUUGAUGCAUUCCCAUGCUGGGGUGGGGAUGGCAGGACACCCCGGCCUGUCCCAACACUUACAGGAUGGGGCUGGAGGGACCGAGGGGGAGGGAGGGAGAAAGCAGGACAUUGGAGACAUUUUACAGCAAAUUAUGACCAUCACAGACCAGAGUUUGGACGAGGCGCAGGCCAGGAAACAUGCUUUAAACUGCCACAGAAUGAAGCCCGCCUUGUUUAAUGUGUUGUGCGAAAUCAAAGAAAAAACAGUGUUGAGUAUUCGAGGAGCCCAGGAAGAGGAGCCAACAGACCCCCAGCUGAUGCGAUUGGACAACAUGCUGCUGGCAGAGGGGGUAGCAGGGCCUGAGAAAGGUGGGGGAUCUGCAGCGGCGGCGGCAGCGGCAGCAGCAUCAGGGGGAGCUGGCUCAGACAAUUCAGUUGAGCAUUCCGACUACAGAGCCAAACUCUCACAAAUCCGACAGAUCUAUCACACGGAACUGGAGAAAUAUGAACAGGCAUGCAACGAGUUCACUACUCAUGUGAUGAACCUGCUUCGUGAGCAGAGCCGGACCAGGCCCAUCUCACCAAAGGAGAUUGAAAGAAUGGUGAGCAUCAUCCAUCGCAAAUUCAGCUCCAUCCAGAUGCAGCUCAAACAGAGCACAUGUGAAGCGGUUAUGAUCCUACGUUCACGGUUUUUGGAUGCAAGGCGGAAGAGACGAAACUUCAACAAGCAAGCCACAGAAAUCCUGAAUGAAUAUUUCUAUUCCCAUCUCAGCAACCCUUACCCCAGUGAGGAAGCCAAAGAGGAGCUAGCCAAGAAAUGUGGCAUCACGGUCUCACAGGUGUCAAACUGGUUUGGAAAUAAGCGAAUCCGGUACAAGAAGAACAUAGGUAAAUUUCAAGAGGAAGCCAAUAUUUAUGCUGCCAAAACGGCUGUCACAGCUACCAAUGUGUCAGCCCAUGGAAGCCAAGCUAACUCACCCUCAACUCCCAAUUCAGCUGGUUCUUCCAGUUCUUUUAACAUGUCAAACUCUGGAGAUUUGUUCAUGAGCGUGCAGUCACUCAAUGGGGAUUCUUACCAAGGGGCCCAGGUUGGAGCCAACGUGCAGUCACAGGUGGAUACCCUUCGCCAUGUUAUCAGCCAGACAGGAGGAUACAGUGACGGACUUGCAGCCAGUCAGAUGUACAGUCCGCAGGGCAUCAGUGCUAAUGGAGGUUGGCAGGAUGCUACUACCCCUUCAUCAGUGACCUCCCCUACAGAAGGCCCUGGCAGUGUUCACUCUGAUACCUCCAACUGAUCUCCCAGCAAUUGCAUCCCUGACUGACCUCCUGCCCCAAAUGGGGGGCGGGGGCAGGAGGGAGGGUUUCUCUCCCCAACGCUGAAGCAGUCAGACUGGAGGUCGAAGCAAUCAGCAAACACAAUAAGAGUCUCCUUCUCUUCUUUCUUCGGGAUGCUAUUUCAGCCAAUCUGGACACUUCUUUCUACUCUCUUCCCUUUCUUUUCUGGGUAGAAGCCACCCCUUCCCCCUGCCUCCAGCUGUCAGCCCUGUUUCCUCCAUCCUCCCUGCACCUUUCCCUCGCCCCGCGGCCUCUGCUACAUCACUGAAGGAUAUUUUCAACAGUUAGAGGAAUUUAAAGAGGAGAAAAAAAAAAAGACAAAUUACAAAAAAAAAAAAAAGAAAAAACAUUAAUAAACGUGUUUGUACAUUUUCAUGCUGGUGGUUUGAGGAACCAAAUUUACCUCACUCCUAGACUAACAGGCAACCCUUCUUCUCUUUCAGUGUCUCUUGUACUCACACUACCUCUUAGCAGGAAGACGCCACAUUGCCCUCUCCAUUCCACAUGCCCCUCCACCCAUUGCCCUCGGUCUUCCAUUUCUGGGAGCAGUUCUGAAUCAGAGCAGCUUCCCCUUUAUUCUCCCCUAUCCCAGUGACUCUUGGGCAAACCACCACAGAUGGGUUUUUAUCGCUCCCUCAUUUCCAGUUACCACUGACAGGUAGAUUCCCAGUGCUGCCCGCCCACAUACCAGGGAACUGGGCAGCCGGGUUGGGGUGGGGGGGACAGAGAGUGGAAAGAGACAGAAUUUCCAUGUGCCUUCUCUCCCCUCCGCAACAGCUCUUGAUUUCUGAGGCACAGUUCAUGGAGAACAUUCAAGCAUUCAUUAGUGGCUCGCUGCAUGUCUAGCACUAGGUUAGGCAAGGAAAAGGGAGAAGAAACGGGAAGGUCCUUGCCAGAAAGUCUCCAACCAGCCCCUCCUCCAUUCACCCGCUAGCCAAACCUGCUUACCCAUCUUAGACACUUAACAUAAGCAACUAACACUAUGCAUGUGGUGAGAUGAAGAGAAAGAAAUCAGCUCUGAGUGAGGGUCACUUGUAGAAGAAAUAGAAGGCAAGGGCCACCAAACAUAGUGGACAGGACAGGCAGGAAUGAACAGAAGUAGAGGUAGGAUUUCUAGUGGAAAUUAUUUCCAUUCCCAUCACUCCUCGAUCUCUCAGAAAGCCAUAGACAGCACCCACAAUGUCUGUAGUGGACUUGUCUAUUAUUUGGGGCCGGGUUUCCAAGAACACUCUCUUUUUGACUCUGAACCCUUUGCUGUAGAAGAGAACAGAAAACAUUGCUCAAUACCGGUCUAGUUGGAAUAUAAACCUGAGAGCAUUGUGGGAAGGAGCAAUAAGAAUUUCUUAUUGAAUUCAUCACGUGGGCACCAAGAAGAAGCAUUUGUUCUUAGCAGGGUAUUCUCCAACAUCCCCUGGGCAGUCAGGCAUUAACAGUUUCCACGGCCAACUAUGCAAGCAAUAAAGCUGCAACCCGGUUCCUGACAAAGGGGAAGGUGGCUAGAUCGCUUAGUGCCUCGGUUUCUUUAUCUGUAAAUGGGGAAAGUUAUGCCUACCUCGCCAAGAACUUUGUAAGACUUCAGUGUAUGUACAUUUGUAUAUUUUAGAACAGAAUUUUGGAUCAAAGCAACCCUUGGGUCCACUGAGUCUUGUUUGACCUCUGGUUGUCUCUCCCUGCAGAUAUGUGUAAAGUGAUGAUCUUUACUAUGCUAUGGAGGUGAGAUAAAGGGCAUAAUUGCUUUAAUUUUUCUAUAAUAAUUAGAAAGAAAGGCCAUUUUCUAGCUCGAGCCACUAUUGCUAAGUUAACUGAUAGUGUCCACCUGAUUCUACUGCCUUGGACUCGAGUCCAGUAUAAGACAUUGUUAAUAUUUUUGGAAAUAGCCUGUUCACAGUCACUCACCAAACCCAGCAUCCUCUCAUUCUGACACCUCCCAGGUGGAUGCCAAAAUUCUGGGGACCAGGACGAGCAUUUUCAGAAUGCGUCUGGUCAUCACCGUGCUAUGGCACCGUGAAAAUGAAUGAAAGCUCUUCUCUUGGGGGAAAAUUCAAGUCCUUCUCCCCUUAUAUAAGAAAUUUGGAACAUCUUAGUUUUAAGAAAAUUUACAAUGAACUUGCUAGCCAGUAGAAUUAUGCUUUGAGGAUCCCGUAGAAGUGUUGUUAAUGAAAUGAUGACUCUUGAGAUUCAGAUUUGUGAUGGGAAGGUAUUCAGUAGCUCUGUGAAAGCAUCACAGAGACCAUUCUUAAGUGGGGCUCCUCUUGGAGACUUAUUGUUAGGGCCUUGUUUUAGCAGCAAUACUGUCCCACCCCUACCCUGUUUAAGAACAUCAGAGUCAAAGCUUAUGUUUUGGGCAGAAUAAAGGAGUAUGGGUACCAAAAGGAUGUCUAUAUCUUGAAAAUAAGAUCCCAAUCCAUCCUAGCUCUUCAGGCCCAGUACAUGAGGAUUAUAAGCAAGUGGGAAGGAAAACUCAGAGCAGAGCCUGAUUCCCAUGAAUUUCCCUCACACCUUUUCAUUUUCACUUUGCUCCACUCUCAAAGCAUCUCCCACAAUACACUCUUCAUCUUAUUCCCCAUUUCUCUGUCCCACUCCUUUGGAAAGAUUUCAAGUCUAUGAACACACUAAUAUGUCACCAUUAUGGCAGCCAAGAGAGCUCUUUCACUGUUGGGUCACAUAGGAGCUCAGCAAAAGGAUAGGUUUGGGCGUGGCAGUGCCUCCUGAAAUGGAACACUCACACAAUCCAUAGUCAGAUAGCCACCCGGCACCAUUUCUGUCCCUGGAUGCCCUUCAUUUUCUAGGGGAAGUAGGUGUCCUUAAUUUUUCCUGGCAGCAGAUUAUCCCCGAAAAAAAUGACUUGCCAGAGCUUUGGUUUACUUACCCUGUUCAUAAUGUCCUCCUUUCAUCUCCCUUCUCCUUCCUUGUGUAGUUAUCGACUCCCUUGAAGUAUUUUUUUUUUUUUGCCAACUUACAUCUUUUAAUUUGCUUUUUCUUUUGGCUAUGAUGAUCAUUCUUUCUUUCCUACUUGCCUUUUCUUACACCCAUCCCUCUAUUUUUUUUUUUUUACUUCUGCUUUUUUCUUUUUCUGCCCAGAAAAACCUGACUUCGAUACCAAAAAAGAAAAAAACUGCAGAAACUCAAAUUAAAAAAAAAAACUUAAAAAAAAAACUUUAAAAAAUUCUCGACGAUUCUUUCAGCUUUAUUAACAUUUUCCAUUGUUUCUUGCGACUUGUGUCUCGUUCUUUGUAGUAUUGAUUAUGAACAUUUGAUAAUGAAUGUUCUUGUAUAUUCAGAUAAAGAAAAAAAACCAAAAAAGCGGUCUGAAUUUAAUAGUGUUUAUAAUAAAAAUUUUAAAAAUGACCCUCAUAGCACGCAAAACAGGCUGGGGAAUUGCCCCUCUUCUUUGUGACAAUGCGCAUCAUUCCUGCAUUUGUUUCUAACACCAAACUACCUACAUUCAUCAUUUCCUCCAUUUUUCUUUUAUUUUCUUGCAUUUGUGAAUUAGUUCAAGAAUGCUAGAAAAGUGUCGUUGUGCACAUCCAUUUCCUGUUUCACAAUGUUUAAAAGUGACAGUAAUUCAUUUUGUAAACUAAAAAGAAAAGUUGGAAUAGUGAGCAUAAUAGGUACAUCCUAACAUGUUAUGUUUAUUAACUUUGAGACCCAGAAGUAAAUUCUUUUCUUUUAUUUUCCUAUUCCUUAAAAAUAUACAAAAAAAUCAUUACCUUUUUGGGGCUUUUGUUUGUGUUAUUUUUUUGGUUUGCUUAUUUUGGGGGCUAUUUGGUUAUUGUUUUUUUUUAAUUGUCCAGACUAUGUCUUUUUUAUUUCUUUAAAUAUAUAUAGAUAUAUAGAUAUAAGCAUAUAUCUAUAUAUCUAUAUCUAUCUAUAUAUAAUCAGGUGAUGUGAAAAGAUGAAAUUAAUAGACUAGUUUGCUUUUUUUUUUUUUUUGGUUUUUCUCCUGAACUUCAGAAUUCUCAAAAAGCUAACACCAAUCUAUCAAAGAUGUUGCUUUGCUCACCUACAUUUUAAAAAGUAUGUGGUGCUUGUAGCUGGGGGAAAAAUUAGUGAUUUUAGCUCUUACCUAUGGGAAAAUGGCUGGGAUGAAGCCCUGAAAUGCUUACGACUGAGAACCAUAAAAAUUCACUUUCUAUUCUGUCCACCUGAUUAAUAACAACAUUCCACUGUUUCAGUCACCUAGCUUUGCUCUUCCAGUAAAAAUUACUGUAAUUUGGGGGUCUACUGUAUAAUUGGGAUCGUUAUUGAACUAACAUAGAGCAUAUUUGGUAUAGCUUCUGUCUUAACCAUUUGGUUCUUUUAGUUUUAUUUAAAGGGGGAAAAAAAGCCAAAAUGUGAACAUUUGAGCCUGGAAUGCUCACAGUUUGGGUUAGUUUCAUGGGAAAUGGAAUAACUAUUGUCUUUUUUAGCCAGAGUUCAUUCUUAGACAUGGGAUUGCAGAGCAUUGGAUAGGGCACAUAUAUUCUCCUCAAUUGAGAAUCCAUGUUUAGUCAUGGUGGAAUAAAAGUGUGGUAAUUUCUGUCUCCCUACAUUUUCCCCUAUGCACAUGACCACCAGCCUGCUCUAAGAAAUAAAAGCAGUUCAUCUGGGGCUAACAGUUAAUGCCCGAUGAGUUUCUGUUGCUGUUUUGACAUCGGUUUGAUUGGCUACUUAUGAUCUCAAUGGGAUAAAGCAGGCUGGUUAAAAUGCCAAUAAAAAAAAGUGGGCUGGUAAAUUGUAAUUCUUUGCAAGGCUGGCUGAACUGGAAUAAUUUUAUUCACUGGUGGAUCAAAGGAAUGGAAGUAAAUUGAUUUGAAAGGAACUCUGUCAGACCAAGGGCUCUCGGAGUUUUUGGAACCCAAGCAGGGAAGGUAUGAAGAAAGUGUACAUUCUGAGAAGCAACCCCAGCCAAACACUUGCACUGCUGUUUUUAGAUUAUAGAAAAUGACCAACUUUUCACAUCACCAUUCAGUUUCAAUUUCUAGCUCAAAGCUUUCUGGAGUCUUUUGGUUUUCAUAAGCCUCCCUCCCCUUUAUUAUUAAAAUAAAUGAAAUAACCCUCCCUUUCUCUCUUGCUACUCCUUUUAUUGCCUUUCCCUUAUAAAAGUUUUCAAGUUGUUUUGAAAUGCAUUCUUUUGGUUGUUGGUUUUGUUCCCCCCACCCCCCAUCCCCACGCCUCUUUUCUUAUAAUUCAGAGUAUGAAACCUGCAAAGCUCAGCUUGGUUUUGAUUUUGAAAGUUUAAGCUUUUUCUGCUUCUGUGAGAGCACAGGCCUCUGUCUUUUUGAUUCCAACUGAAACUUUUUGUGUUCUCUAAUGAUACUAACAAGGUGUAGGUUUUACAGUCUCCUAAUUUGUACUGGUAAUGCAUAUUCCAAAUAAAUAGUUUCUUUUGUUGCAAAAAAAAAAAAAA